AUGAUUACCGAAGGCCAUGGCUAUGGCGUUUUGAGCCCGGGCAUCGUCAGAUCACCCAGAACACGACAGGCGGACAAGGAGCUUGAGCAUAGCAUGCGAUCACCUGAGGUCCUCAAUCGAAUCUCCAACUUCGAGAGUGAGACUGUGGCGGCAUAUGACAAGGACAUGUCGAGGGAAGCAUGGCACCUGGCAAAGGAAGCUAGACUGUCAAAGCUGCGGCAGGAGAUUGGAUGGAUGGAAGUCUCCUCGCAUGAUGGGAAGCGUUAUGCUCCAGCAAUCCCUUCCUCGAAAACCUCAAGGUCGCUCAACGCAAAGCGCCGGCCAGCACAAGAGGAGUCGGUCAGCCCUGACUUUGGGGCAUGGCGAAGAUCGUCCAACGGGUCCUCUGCGUCGACGAUCUCACAGAUAAACAACGAGAGUGGUACGGCCGUCAAGCACGGACGGGAGCACGAGGAGGAGCAAGAGGACGCGACGUCCCCAGGGGAGUUGAUUGCUCCUUACAGGGAAGGGGACGAGGCGAUGCUGCUGCUGCACUCUCCUUCCCCCUGCAACUCGAUCCGAGGAGUCACUCCCAGCGACGAUGACCUCCUGCUCGAGGGCUCCCGGCCGGCCCCGGGCUACGAGGACAUUCAGAAACACAUACACACGCUUCGCGGGAUUAAGAGGAUUCAGCCCGGCAUGAAGAGCAGCCCUCGUCUGACUGUGGUCGAGCCUAGCCUGGACUGGGAGGCCCUCGCACCAGUGGCUGAGGGGGCAAGAAGUCAUAGGAACGACUUCAAGUCUCUUUAUGAGGCUGAUCAUCUGCAGAACCACCAGACGGAGGCAGGCAGGCAGGGAGUCAUCGAGGAAGAGGCGACUCAGAAUUUGCACGGCCCCAGGAGGAGCGAACCUCUCUGGAAGCCCAAGGGGAGCAUGCCGACCCUCAAGCUCUCGGAUCGGAGCCUAGACAAGAGCUCGCAGCAGGAGAAGAGCAACAGGGUCCUCAAGACUUCAAUCCUGGAGCUCGAGACCACUGCCCCUCCCCGCAAGACGAAGCUGCCGUCCAUCUGCCAGGUCAGCCCAUGGGAUGACGACAAGAAACUCCUGAUCGCAAGCCCGAAGCGUCUCGUGCACUCGGAUCAAGCUCCCCGGCGACCUGUCAAUCAUUUCUCCAUCGUCCCUCCUCUGCAGCUCCCGCCCCCACUGGAGAAGACGGAGGAGAGGUCUUGGACGCAGAGGAAGAUGGAGCAGGCGGACAAGUUCUACCCUAAGAUUAAGUUCUACAUGCCGAACACCGCAAGGCCUGCCGUGUCCCCCACGACAGACUACUGCCGCAAGGUGAUGAGAUUCUUUCCGGUGCAGUCCUCCUCUUUCAUGCAGAUCUUGGGGAAGAGGAGCAAGGUGGAGGUCCAGCAGCAGCACACGGCGAGAGGAUGA